AUGUCUGGCAAAUUGCCAGUUGAAAGCCCGACGGCCUCGUUUUGGCUAUCCUCUCCGCAUCGCUUACAUUCAUAUCGUUCCUCAGCAUCCACCCCCGAAGAGUGCGAUAUUGCAAUUAUUGGUACUGGCAUGGCCGGGGUGGCAACGGCCUAUCACAUCCUUGGUAAAUGUGCAGAGGGCCCUAAACCCAAGGUCGCCCUCUUCGAAGCGCGCCAGGCAUGCUCUGGCGCCACUGGGAGAAAUGGAGGACAUUCCAAGACUCUUUUGCCGUCCAUAAAAGGUUACUACGACAGAUAUGGCCCAGACCUGGCUGAGGAACUUGUUUCCUUGGUCUCCGCCCAGCAGAGAGCUAUCAAGUCAACAGUCGAGAGAGAGAACAUUGAGUGCGACCUUUUCGUGACAAGGUCAUUUGAUGCCUUCUUCGAUCCCGCACAGGCGAGAAACAUCAAAACUUGGCUCGAGGAACUACGACGGAACGGAGCUGCUUGGACGCAGGAUAUACAGUGGUUGGAAGGCCCAAACAUAGAGCGAGUCACAGGUGUGAAAGGGGUUGUAGCAGCGGCUAGUAGUCCCGCGUUCUCUUUUUGGCCGUACAAGUUUGUGACUUCAUUACUCGCCCGCGUGCUCCACAUGGGCGCCAUCCUCUAUACAGAGACCCCUGUAGAGGCGGUCCAGGGCAACGACAAUGGCACUGUUACCCUCGUUACUCCACGUGGCACAACGAGGGCACAGAAAGUUAUAUACGCUACCAAUGCUUACUCAUCGGCUGUACUGCCACAGUACCAAGGGGUAAUAGUACCGUAUCGAGGGCAGAACUCGAUUUUGGUACCUCUUGAGAAGAAUCAUCAUGGCCUCAACCUAGCGCAUACCUGUAAUCUCUUCUACAGCUCCAAUGCAGUGGACUACCUUGUUCCCCGACCUGAUGGGAACAUCGUCCACGGCGGCGCGCCUCAUAUAUACCGCCUCAAUUCUGAAGAUAGAAACUCGAAAUGGUUCAACACAGUUGACGACGCGACCCUCAUUGACGAGGCAGUGAAGACCCAUUUCGACCACACGAUGGCCAAACGUUUCCGCGGUUGGGAGUAUAGCGAUGCAAAUGUAGCUAUGACUUGGACAGGCAUAAUGGGCAGUACACCAGACCACCUGCCACAUGUUGGGUUAGUCCCGGGAACCCAAAACCAGUGGAUAUUGGCUGGCUUCAAUGGAGCUGGCAUGACGACAAUCUUCACGACUGCCGAAGGUGUUGCUGAAAUGGUCCUCACGGGAAAGACUGUGGAGGAAACAGAAGUAAUCAAUGCAUUUAAGACGACAGAAGAGAGGAUCGCAACCAAGUUUUCAUGA